AUGUCGCUCCAACCACGAGCAUCCGUCGAAGAAUGCUCCCCCAUGCCGGCCGCCGUACGGGAGGUCACCUCAGAGCCGGAGCGGAGAACGCCUACACUCGGUACAAGCGACGGGGAGCCUGCCAAGAUGGCCGGCAAGAAGCGUGUGCGUAACUUCACAGCCGAUGACCGCGCGACUCAUCGCAUAUUUGAAAAAAACCGGCGCGAAGCGUUCAAGGGCCGUCUGACUGUGGGUCUUACUGAGUCCUUGCAAUCAUCUUUGAUCUACUGUGCUCGUAAGGUAUCUAGGGCGUGGCUGACGAUGAGCCAGGAACUUGCAACUCAUCUUCCAGCCCUUGGCGGCACUGACCCUCAACGCCUUUCCAAGCACGUCGUGGUCGAAGAGAGCAUUGCUCGUCACAAGCUCAUGAAAAGUCUCUGCUCUGAUGCGUUCCAAGACAUCCGUGCUCUGGUCCAGGAGCGUGAUGAGCUUCUUGCUCAGGUCAACCACCGGAGGCUUAUUGACGGUUUGGCGCCACAGGCUCCGAAGGCCGUCAAUCUACACCUAGACCGCCUUGUGGAGCAAGAAAAAGAGUCUGGGAGACGCGAUGACAUAGAGAGAACCGCGAAUGCCGAAAGCAGCAGCUCCGUGUCACCAACGGCCGUUUCAGGUCCUAUGCCUACUUUAAUAUCCCUGGGAAUUCCGGCGCCCGCAGCGGAAACCACUCCCCUCGACCGUUUCUGGGAUGUGACGCACCAGGAGCCGAUUUCCCACACGAUCACAUUGCCCUUCCAAGAUUUACCAUCAUUCGCGACACAGGAUCCCUCGCAAACCUGCGCCGAAAUUUCUUCCUCUGCUCUAGCCAUCCAAGACGUCCCUUUCCUGGACUUUGACUUAACAGAGGAAACCUCACUUAAUCAAGGGCUCACAUUCCACAAUGAUAUCGGCUCACAACCCGCGAUACCCGUUGAUUCGGUCGCCAUGAACACUUUGUACAAGGUGCGCAUAUACGGGCCAAACUAUCUAGUCUCUCAGCGCUUUAUCUGA